AUGCACGCGUGGCGUUCACUAACUCGCAGUAUUUUGGUGUUUACAAAUGUGCUGUUUCUGCUAUUAGGAUCUGUGCUCGUAUCAAUUGGAUGUUACAUGGCGUCCUUACCAGCACUUACAGAGUUCUCAGAUGGUGGUGUAGCAUCUUCUGUCAUCAUGUGUGGCUCAUUGAUUAUCCUGAUUGCUUUGCUAGGCUGCUGUGGUGCGCAAUGGGAUAGCAAAGUGUUUCUAUUUCCAUACGCAAUCUUAGUACUCGUUUCAGUCGUCGCACAGUUGUCGCUUGCUGGUUUUUUAACUCACGUGCACAAUUCAUUGGUCGAAGUAGCUAAACAUAACUUUGACCUGUCGGUGCUAGCACCGGCGGAUCAGGAAACGCUGCGUUGGAUCAAUAAGAGGUUCAAGUACGUCUAUUAUGGCUGCGGCGUUGACGUGGACAUUGACCUUACGGGUACUCACAGUCGGCCACUCAUUGCUUCUUGCUCGAAUUCUGAAUUUUCCUGGUUUGCUUCAUUUGUGGAAGACAAUUGUCCCAUUGGACACACGCAGCUGCAGACUGGUAGCAACUUUCUCAAGUGUGUAGGACCGAGUUUUUCAUUGAGCAAUGCCAUGACGGAGCAUACAAUGCUGUGUGCAUGCGAGACACGUAUGAUCUCGUGGGUCAAUGACGAGUCUCUGCUUUUGGCUGUCUUUGUCUUUGUCAUCGUGUCGCUGGAGAUCAUGUUGGUGGCAUUGUCGUGCUACAUCAUGCACUCGCGCCGCCACCGCCGCUAUGGGUACCAGGAGAUUACGAUGCCCGUGCGACAGCAGCCGUACAAUCCACACCCACGGAACUACUUUGGCCAGCAGGCAGGGCAGCGUCAACCGCUCAACACUCAACCAACAUACUCCUCUUACGGGCCGCCAGGAGGAGAGAAUCCCUAUGCGGCUGCCGCCACGGGUGGCAAGGGCAAAAUAUCUACGAACUAA